AAACUGAUGAAAAGAUGCACGUCAUUGCACGCAUGGGAGAUUCCCAGACAGACUGGAGCUCUGGCGCCUGAAUAUGUCCGAACCAACCGUGACAUGGACCCAACGCCUGUCGAUGAUCAAACGUGGACGAUAUGGACCAUUAUGGCUUAUUGGGCUACCGACACAAUCAAUCUCGGUACGUGGCAGACCGCAUCUUCCAUACUCGCAGUCGGGCUCAGCUGGCGAGAGGCGAUACCUAUUAUGAUCGUCGGUAAUCUUUGUGUCGCCGUUCCAAUGGUACUCAACGGCGCAAUCGGUGCCAAGCUCCACGUCCCAUUCUCUGUCGUCAGUGCCAGUAGCUUCGGCUAUUAUCUGCGAUACUUCUGCAUCGUGAGCCGUGCUAUUCUGGCCAUGUUCUGGUUGGGUAUUCAGUCAGUCAAUGGGGCCUACUGUGUCACAGUGAUGCUGCGAGCUUGGGCGCCCUCGUACAAUGACAUACCAAAUAUACUCCCAGAUUCAGCUGGCAUCACAACAGUCGGGAUGAUUUCUUAUUUCUUGUUCUGGAUCAUUCAAUUGCCGCUUCUCCUAAUUCACCCUACCAAGCUCAAGCCGAUCUUUGUCGUCAAGCUCGUGGCGGCACCCGUGGCGGCCAUCGCCACCAUGGGAUGGUGCAUCAAAGAGGCUGGAGGGGGCGGUAACAUAUUUGCACUGCAGGCGACCGUUGAAAGAUCCCAGUACCCAUGGCUUUGGUUGUCCUGUAUGUCGGCGGUGACGGGACAAUGGUCGACACUCGCAGUCAACAUCCCAGACUUCACAAGAUACGCCAAAUCAGCGAAGGGGCAAGUCGUCCAACUUCCCUUCAUCCCCAUCAUCUUCACUCUGUGCGGCGUGCUGGGAAUAGUAACGACCUCUGCCAGUAAAGUGUUCAGCGGCGAGUAUCUCUGGAACCCUUUGGACAUUGUGGCGAUUUGGCUCGACUACGGCGCGGGUGGUCGAUGUGCGGCCUUCUUUGCAGCCCUGUCGUGGUAUGUUGCCCAAGUUGGCACCAACAUCACGGCAAAUUCCAUUAGUGCUGCGAACGAUUUGACUGUUCUGUUUCCACGCUGGAUAAACAUCAGACGAGGCUGCAUGAUAGCAGCAGUCAUUGCUGGUUGGGUGCUUGUGCCGUGGAAGAUCCUGGACUCUGCUGAGACGUUCCUUGCGUUCAUGGGGGGCUACGCAAUCUUUCUCGGACCGAUGGCGGGUAUCAUGAUAGCGGAUUACUGGCUCAUCAAGAAGCAGCAUAUCGAUAUUCCGGCCUUGUAUAACCCGCAUGGUCGUUACAAGUUUGUUGGUGGCUGCAAUUGGCGUGCUGCUCUUGCUUUCUUGGUUCCAGUUGCGCCUCUCCUGCCUGGACUGGGUUACAGCAUCAGCGGCGCGCCAGCUGUGCAAAUUAGUGAUGGGACGAAAAACCUCUACAGCUUCAAUUGGCUCUUCGGCUUCCUCACAUCCGUCAUUCUAUACACAGCGUUCAGCUACGUAUUUCCGGCCAAGGAGACCAUAUUGAAGGAUACGAUAUGGGAUCUACAGGGCGUGGCGAUCGAGGCAUACCCUCGGGACACGGGCUCAGAAGACGUAUCUGGAAUUGAUAACGAGAAGACCAUUGAACCGUCCGCAGUGAAAGUUGGCGAUAGCCCAGUGCGGGAUUAAUUAUUGUACCGGUGCCACUGCUAGAAUAAGAUCGAGAUCGGCGGCCUGAGUUCGGCCUAGACUAGAAAAGAGUCGACUGCAUAAUGGUACCAUGGAAUGUUCAUAAUACGUCAUGGAUCUGGUUAUGAUCGGUAAUACAUAAAAGUCAA